AAGAAAGAUCACAGGGAAGAAGAGAAGAUUUUUUUUAAUUACUACGUUGUCUCGUUUGCAUAAUAUAUUUUAUCGAUGCUUGGCCGCGAUGGCCGGCCUUGUGUGCCUCGGUUCUUUGCAAGGCUGGGGAGAAGAAAGCCGCGCGGUUCGUCCAGAAGCAGCAGAUGAUCUCCAGCCGCGAGGCAGCGGCCGAGGCGGAUUAUGGCAAACAGCCAUCCCUCGGCUCUCGAUCGAUCAUGUGACUGUGAGCUUUGCGAGGAGUGGAGGUGCUGGCGGCCAAAAUGUGAACAAAGUGAACACGAAAGUGGACAUGCGAUUCAAUGUGAUGAACGCGCAUUGGCUCCCUCUCCAAGUGAGGAACAAGCUGCUUCAAACAAUUUGUCACGAUCUUUGAAAUGAGAAGAACCGGAUCAACAGCAACAGGUGAAUUGGUCAUUUCGAGGAAACGUCGAUGAUCCUCUAGCUAAAUUGCAGGCAGGUUUUCAUCGUGCUUUGUUUCUUCAGUAACUAUCGUUUGUUUCUUCUCCCAAGGUUUCUUCCGCGAUGGAUAUCUUUCAAAAAUUGUUGGAGUUUCUUGAUUACCUCUAUAAGGAAUUUGGCAUUAAUGCCCGUGGCUCAGAACAUCUGAUUUGGUUCCACAAUGAUAAAAGUUUUUAGA